UGUUGUUGUUAUUGUAAUUGUAAUUAUUAUUAUCAUUGUUGUUGUUGUUGUUGUAAUGAUCAUUCAACAAAAACGAUAUCAUUGUCUAUGGCAGACAGACUAUUGAAUAAAGCGCCGAAGAAAGAUCAAGGCACCAUCAACAACAACAACAACUUGAAUAAUAAUAAUAAAAUUGUUGUGGAGACGUCUGUUAAACGUAAAAAACGUUUAUUAAAAUCAUCAUCAUUAUCAACACCGUCAUCAUCAUCAUCGACAACGAAAAAAUUAUCGUCAAAUAUUGUUGUUGUUCCAUCUGAUCAUACAUCAUCAUCAUCAAAAGAGAGUAGUAAUAAAAACAACAACAAAGACAAGUCCCGUUCAUCACCAGUUAUAACAAGAUCUCGAUCUCGAAACAUUAGCGAAAUUUCUUGUUUUCAUUCGAAUUCGUCUUCGUCAUCAUCAAUAUCAUCAUUAUUUUCACAAUCAACAACAACGACAACAUCGAGUAAAAGUGAUAGCAUUGUCGUCAUAGAAGCAUCAUCAUCAUCAUCAUCAUUACCAACAGCAAUCACAACAUCAACGUCAGUAAAUAAACGCAGUACAUUGAUUGAUACCCGUGAAAAUAAUAAUUGUGCCAUAAAUCGUAAAAAUACUGCUAAACGUUGCAAAUUAUCAUCAAGUUUGGAACAAAUCAGCAACGAUAACAAUACAAAUAUCGGAAACUCAUUGGUAUCAUCAAAAAAACGUAAAGUCAUUGUUUCUAAAGAUUUAUCCACUAAGCCUACUACUACUACUACUACUACUGCUUGUAAUAAUCGUAAUAACAAACGUCGUGUACAAACAAAAAACUUGAAACUGAAAACGGAACAAGAAUCAAUCGAUUCGUUCACAGAACAACAACAACAACAAUCUUCCUCAUCAGGAAUUUUGAUUAGUAAUAAUAAUAAAACAAAGAAUAAUCGAAACAAACGUUCGACUAUUGAAACAAAGGUUUCAGCUAAUAAGAAGAAACAGAAAACAUCAGCCAGUGAUAGUAAAAAUAAUUUGAAAAAAUUAUCAACAAACAAUUCAAACGAAACAGUAGCAAGUGGUGGUAAACGACGAGCAGCACCCAGCAGUAGUAUCAUUAAUCGUAUUGUUAUGGAGCAAAAUGGUUCGAAUUUUUCGAAUGCAAACAUAAAUAAUUCAUCAUCAUCACAAUCAACAAAUAAUGGCAAUUCAAAUGAAACAAACACAACAGCAGCACAUCAACUUAAUCCACCUGGAACUAGCGCCAUAUUAAAUACAUAUGCAAUGUCAUCACCAACAGAUAAUGAUACGGAAGAAAGUGAUAUGAAUCGUUUGCAAACGAUUCUUGAAUCACGUGCUCUUCAACAACAUUUUCUUGGUAUUCCUCGUAUGCAGAAUCUAUUCUAUCGUUCGUUUAGUAGUUCAUCCAAUACAAAAGCUCAACAAUUAUUGAAUGGAUUAAAUUCUGCUGCAAAUGAUUCGGAAAAGCUACAUUAUGUGCUAGAAAUGUGUCAGAUAUUGUUGAUGGGCAAUGAAGAUACAUUAGUUGGUUUUCCCAUCAAAGCUGUUGUGCCGACAUUGAUUAAUCUAUUGUCGAUGGAACAUAAUUUCGAAAUAAUGCAUCAUGCUUGUCGCGCAUUAACAUAUAUGAUGGAAUCAUUGCCCCGUUCAUCCAUUGCUGUAUUGGAUGCUAUUCCAGUUUUUCUUGAAAAAUUACAAGUAAUCCAAUGUAUGGAUGUAGCUGAACAAUCAUUAUCUGCACUUGAAAUGCUUAGUCGUAGACAUAAUAAGUCAAUAUUACAUGCUCGAGGUGUAUCGGCAUGUCUUACAUAUUUGGAUUUCUUUUCCAUUGAUGCUCAACGUUCAGCAUUGAAUAUAACGGCAAACUGUUUUCAGAAUCUAUCACCAGAUGAUUUUCAAUAUGUUCAAGAUUCAUUAUCCAUUCUUGGUUCACAUUUAACAAUUGAAGAUAAAAAAUGUAUUGAAAGUAUUUGUUUGGCAUUUUAUCGUCUAGUAGAAUGUUAUCAAAAUGAUUGUGUCAUAAUCAGUGAAAUUGCAUCAAGAGAAUUAUUGACAAACAUACAGAAUGUUCUUAUGACUAAACCGCCUAUUUUAAGCACCGGACCAUUUGUCAAUGUGAUACGAAUGUUGUCCAUAAUGUGUCUUUCAUGUUCACAGAUUGCUGUCGAAUUGUUAAAAUUGAACAUUUGUGAGACACUUAAAUGUUUGCUAUUGUGUGGUGAAAACAAUAACAACAACAAUAACAAUAAUAAUAUGAAAGAAAAAAAUGAUGAAAUGAAUUUGAUUUCAAGAAGUCCACAAGAGAUAUGUGAAUUGACUGCAUUCAUUGCUGAACUAAUGCCUAGUUUACCAUCUAGUGGAAUAUUUUCUAUUGAUACAUUAUUCUCCAAAUCAAAUCUUCAGUCUUCCGAAGUAGCCAUUUGGCAAUGGAAAGAUGAUCGUGGCCUAUGGCAAGCAUUCAAUGUUGUUGAUAAUAAAAUCAUCGAAUCGGCUCAUCAGUCUGGCGAGGAUGAACUAGAAUUGGCAAGUUUAAAUCGUACUUAUAUCGUUGAUUUUAAUUCAAUGCAAAAAAUUUGUGAAGAUACUGGAAAUUCGUAUGCCAUUCAACGAAAAACGAAUACAUUUACAAGUUCAGAGCUUCAUGCUCGUAAUACAAUGCAGACAAUCGAUCCACGAUCAGAAUUCAUUUAUAAUGAACAUCGAUUAAGUAGUAAUUUCAUAAAAUUUGUAUUUAAAGUAUUAUACGAAGUAUAUAACAAUUCAGCUGGCUAUUCUGUUCGUUAUAAGUGUCUUAAUGCUAUUCUCAGAAUCAUUUAUUAUGCUCCAAGAGAAUUAAUGAUUUCAAUAUUGGAAGAUCAAUCAAUAUCUAGUUCAAUAGCAACAAUGUUAGCAUCACAAGAUUUACGAAUCGUAGUUUGUGCCGUCCAGAUGUGUAAUAUUUUUAUGGAAAAAUUGCCAGACAUUUUUUCCAUAUUUUUUCAACGUGAAGGUGUCAUUCAUCAGAUUCGUAAACUAUAUUCAGAUGAAACAAGAUUUAUUCAUGGUGAUAAUAAUAAUAUUAAAUCUUUACAAUUAUUAUCAUCAUCAUCACGUGAUAUGUUGAUGAUGAAUAAUAAUAAUAAUAAUAAAACGCCAUUAUCAUCAACUAGUGGCAAUAAUACGGGCAGCAGCAUUGUAUAUACAAAUUCACCGAUGGCCAUAUUGGAAAAUGCUCAAAUGAUUCUUAAUCGUACAGCAAGUGAAUCAAUUUCGGCCGUUAUAGAAAGCAGUCUUAUGCCUACUAAUUUUUCAUCACAAACACAUUCGAAUACUAAUCAAUCAUCAAAAUCGUCAUCAUCAUCAUCAUCGAAUAAUAAAAUUUCGCAACAACAAUCAGUACAAAAUUCUGAUCAACUUUCAUCGGGAAGAAAUGAAGAAAAUUCACGUCGAAAACGUACACGUAAAAGUAUACCAGUUUCUGGGUCUCGUAAUCUAAUCAAUUAUGAACAUUCAUCAACGAAUGAAAAUAAUGGCAAUAAUACAACAACAACAAGUGACAAUGAUUUAAACAUUUGUAGUAGCCUUUCGACUACCUAUUUGAAUAAUUUACCAUUCUUGAUGAGUGAAACAAUUAAUGGUGCCAAUUUGAAUAUGACAGCCGGUGCUGUAACAGCAACCAAUAAUCAUAGUAGUAAAAGUAAUUCAUCAUCAUCAACACGUUUAGGCUCCUCAUCGAAAGAUUUUCUACAACGAUUGAAUCCAACACGUUGGGCACGAUGGACACAGAAUUCAGUGAAUCCAAAUUCGAAUGUCAUUCCAACCACUUCAAAUGUGACGGCCAUAGCAAAAGAGAUGGUAGCAUCCACACAAAAAUCUUCCAAUUCGAAUAAGGAUAAGAUUAAAUCAUGGAUCAAAGAACAGGGAAAAAUUUUCGAUGAUAAAUAUUUUCUAAAGACUGAUGCAAAUGAAAAAGAAAGUCAUUUGUCAUCAAAUAUUUUGGCCGAUUUAAAUCAGGCAAUCAAUUUAUUGAAACAAGAUUCUACUAAAGGAUUGUUAUCGAUCAAAAACAUUCUAAUGGACAGUGAUUUAUCGUCAUUUGAACUUAUACACAGUGGUCUUGUGGCAAAUCUCUUUUCAUUCUUGACAAUCAAUACUACCGAUAACAUUAUGAUGGCCGAAAAUAACUUACGAACAUUUUUACAUAUAUUUAUUGGUGCUCCAAAAAGUGAAAUGGCCGAAAACAUUGAUCAAUUAAAUUUUGAUACAAAACCUAUGGCCAUUUUGGUGAAUAAAUUGAAUGCUUGUGUAUCACAGCUAGAACAAUUUCCUGUACGGGUUCAAGAUUAUGCUGUCCAUCCACGUAGUUCACAUGCAUUUAAAAUGAUAAAUUCACAUCUCUUGAAAAUUAGUCUUAAUCGUCAUCCUUCGUGUACUAAUCUGAAAAAAUAUAAAGGCCCAUUGAUCAAAUUGGAUCCAUUCACAACGGUACAUGCAAUUGAACGUUAUCUAUUGGCAAAAGGUUAUGGUCGUAUCAAAGAUAGUGAUGAUGAUCAAAGUGAUGAUGAUUUAUCCGAUGAUGAUACAUUCGAUAUAAAUCUCAGUUCCUCUAGUCAGAUGCAAACAAGACAUCGACUUCAAUUAUUGAUUCAUGAACAUGUAUUGCCUUAUAAUAUAUCCUUAUAUCAAGUAAUCAAACAAUUCAUGUCUAAUGACAACAUUGAUAAUGAUGGUGGUAAUGGUGGUGGUGGUGAUGAUGGUCAUCAUCAUCAUCAACAACAACAAAAUAAUUCAAAAUUUUGGGGUUCAACAUUUCCCAUCUAUUAUCGACUUUCAACCGAUGCAAAUACAUUGAAUGCUUCAACAACAAAUUCAUCGGUUUCAUCUUCAUCAAACAAUAUUAACAAUAACAAUAAUGGCCGAUCACGAAGUAAAAGUAAAAGUAAAACAAGUGCAAACAAAAAGAAAGAUGAAUUAUGGCUUGAAGGACGGAUAACGAAAAAUGUAUCUCCAUUAGAGCCAUAUAUCCGGAAUAAUAUUACAAUCAAUGUAAAUGCCAAUGAUCAAUCGGUCGAAGUGAUUGCACUAUUACGAGUUCUAUACGGUAUCAACCGUUAUUGGGGACAUUUGUAUAAAUUUUCACACAUCUAUAAUCCUGCCAUACCAUUGAAAGAAUUUACGAAUAAUAAACUGACUGUGAAAGCUAAUCGUCAACUUCAAGAUCCAGUGGUCAUCAUGACUGGUGGUCUACCGAAUUGGCUUUCUGAAUUGGCAUAUGCAUGCCCAUUCAUGUUUCCAUUUGAAAUACGUUAUCUACUUUUCUAUGUUGUUUGUUUUGAUCGUGAUCGAGCAUUAUAUCGAUUAUUUGAAAAUACCCAGGAAUUUUCAUCAAGCGAUAAUCGUGAACGUUUUUUGACGCCCAGGCUCGAAAAACGUCGAAAACUUAUAUCGCGUAAUGAAAUAUUCCGUAGCGCUGAAACAUUAUUCAAUGAUGUAUCGAAUUCCAAAUCAAUGUUGGAAAUACAAUAUGAAAAUGAAGUCGGUACCGGUCUUGGUCCUACAUUGGAAUUUUAUGCACUAGUAUCGAAAGAAUUUCAACGCGCUGAAUUUGAAAUGUGGCGUGGUGAAGUUUUGACUAGUAAUAUUAAAAAUGAAAAACCCGAUAAUUUUGUCAAUUAUAUUAAUUCAAAUUAUGGCCUAUUUCCUGCGCCGAUUGGACGAAAUACUAAACCAUCGAUUUCGACAAAAAUUAAACAUCGUUUCAAGCUGUUGGGUAAAUUUAUGGCCAAAGCAUUGAUGGAUUUUCGAAUGAUUGACAUCAAUUUGAAUAUAAUAUUCUAUAAAUGGGUUUUAUGCGAAGAAUUGACACUUUCGGUAUCGGAUCUUUAUCAUCUUGACUAUACAUUUUUCUCAUCAAUAUCACAAAUGUACAAGAUUGCUCAAAGAAAAUCUAAAAUGAAUGUAAAUAGCAAUUCUGAAUUGUUGAAAUUGCAAGGAAGUUCUAUUGAAGAUUUAAAUAUUGAUUUCAUAAUGCCUGGAUAUCCGAAUAUUGAACUACGUAAAGGUGGAAAAGAUAUGGCAGUCACGUUGAACAAUUUGGAAAACUACAUCGAACUGGUGUCAUGCUGGAGCCUAAUGGAAGGUGUAACCAAACAAAUGGAAGCUUUUAAAGAAGGAUUUAAUUCAGUUUUUGAAUUGUCUCGUCUUAAGCUAUUUUAUCCAGAAGAACUUCAACAAUUAUUUUGUGGUUCAGGUUAUAAAAGUUGGGAUCCAAAAACAUUGAUGGAAUCAUGUAAAAUUGAUCAUGGAUUCACACAUGAAAGCCGAGCAAUCAAAUUUCUAUUUGAAAUUCUAAGUUCAUAUAAUGCUGAAGAACAACGAAAAUUUUUGCAAUUUUUGACCGGGUUUCCGCGAUUACCAAUCGGAGGUUUCAAAAGUCUAAAUCCACCAUUUACGAUCGUCAAAAAGAAUCCUACUGAAUCGGACAAUCCAAAUUGUUUGCCAAGUGUAAUGACAUGUGUCAAUUAUCUCAAAUUACCUGAUUAUCCAACUGUCGAUAUAAUGCGAGAAAAAUUGAAUAUUGCUAUUAGUGAAGGUCAAUUUUCUUUUCAUCUAUCAUAGAUUGGCCACUAAAUGAUUAAUUUUCGAUGAUGAUUAUGGGUCAAGGUAUAAAUAAUUUUGAUCUCGUUUCUUCAACUUUUUUUUCUCUCUUUCUGUCUCUAAUUUUCUCUU